GAAUUGAGUGAGACUAGAUAUGUAGCGUGGGGACGCAAUGCCAAUGCAAUGCUAAUCAAGUUUUGUAACGACAGCUGAAAAUCGAUGAAACUUACCUUUGCCUUCCUUUCUGCUAUUUUCGUGUAUUUAUCCGACAAGAAUUUCGGUUAGUAUUUGAAAGAAAAUAGCCAUGGAACUUUCAUCAAUCGACACUCCAGUCCUGGUUAGCGCUUGUCUCCUGGUCCUGGCCUUCCUGAUCGGAUGUUCUAGAGGACGGGAUACAUGGAUCUUCGUGGACUUUCUGGCUACUUCUGCGUUUGGUCUUGGAUGGUACUUCAUCCCUGAUAUCAUCUUGGGAUUCCAGAUCAAUGUGACCCCCGAUGGUACUCAUCUGACAUAUACUCGAGCCUUUGCUGCUUGUAUGAUUGGCGAUGCUGUAUCGCGGUAUUUCCUAAGAUCAUCUAAAGAUGCUUCUACACUUGUCUACCUCCUCUUCUCCCGCAUAGUGGGCUGCUCUGUUCUCAUUAUUUCCAUGAUCUACAUUCAAUACUUCGGUGGAAGUGUUUGGAACCAAAAUCACAUCUUCUUUGGCAUGCUGGGUAAUAUGCUGUGGAUGAUGGGAAGUGUUGUCUACUACUACCAGUCCCGCUAUUCCGGUGGCCACGCCCAGCUUGAAAGCCGUCUCAACAUGCACCUCCGCCUGGAUGGAUUCCUUACUCUGUUGAUCGGGUGCUCUUGCUACGCCUUUCCCGAUUUCUAUUUGAAAAUGCAGACUACCCUUGAGACGUACGAUGGAGCCCAUCUUCACAUGGUUAGAUCCACUGGAGCUCUCCUCAUUGGGUCGGCUAUGCUGAGCUUUGUGGCUCCAGGCUUUCUCUUCGACUGGGACAAGAGGGCGCUCUUCAUUGGCCGUAUUGUGAAAGUAUUUGUGACUGUCCUUGCUGUUCUCUAUGCCGCUGCCAAGUACGAUGCAUGGGGAGGCAAUCUCCAUCUCUACCUCCUCAUGGAGAUCAUCAUCACAUUGAACUCGUUGCUAGGCUACUACGCCCCCCAUGAGACGGAACGCUACAAGAGCAAUUAAGGAGAUAUCCCAAGGAAACCGGAAACACCUGCACAUGUACACGAGGUGCAGAACAGUAAUCUAAGGGUUUCUUGGCGAUACAACAAAUUCUGAAGAGUGGAUUAAGUUAUACCUAGGGGCCCCGUUUCAUAAAGAGGUACAAGUUUACAACUGUUGUAACAUUACCAUUGUGGCAACUACCAUGGCAACAGGGUUUAGGAGCCAAUCCAAAUCAAGGUUGCCAUUGCAGUUGUCAUAAUAGCAAAGUUACAACAGUUGUCUAGCUCGUUAUUAAACGGGCCCCGGGGCUCCAUUUCAUAAAGACUUGUGGUAGUUUUGCUAUUAUUGUAACUACCAUGGAAACCUUGAUUUUAAAUGGUUGCCGAGCCCUGUUACCAUGGUAGUUAAAAAGAUUGUAGGUCUUUAUGAAAUGGCGCCCUGGACCCUGUAACUGAAAGCUCAGCGUUUGAUCCUACAAUUAUUUUUGUGUAAUCGAUCGUACUUACUGAAAUCAGUCUUAUGUUCAACUGUCAGAUGUUGUGUUUCAGGGCCCUGAGCAUUUUUUAGUCAGUCAUAGAAGCAUUUAAAAAAAAUUUAAAAUAGUCACAUACCAUGUAGCUAUGGUAGGUACUUAUUUAUUGGUGCACAUUACAAAAUGCAUUAGUAAACUUGAGGUAUGUGAGGGUUGUUGUUGAGGUUGUGGUUUGAUCCAGGCUGUGGCUGUUUGCUGUAUGCCUCUAUAACUGACCAAAUGAUGCUCCUAAUUUUGAUUUGUUCCACGAAUUAUGAAUUCUCACGUGCCAUCUUUUUUGCUGUCCGCUUUAUGCUGUGGCAAUUCUGAAGCAAAUGAGUCUCGAGAUUGAUAUCAUAGUUUUGAAGAUUUUUUAUUGAGUUUAAAGUAGGAACUAUAAUUUUAGAAUGACACGGCUAUGGAAAUGUAAAAUUAUAAUCGAGGAAGUGGUUAGGCUUUUCAAGAUAUAGACGAUGAUCAUGAUAAAAAGACCCCAGUGAAAUAUUUUAUUAGAACUGAAUACUAGUAGACUAGAACAGUCAUAUAAAACUGAAUGUGUCUUGAUUCUUGAUAAAUUAUGAUGAUGAACAGUAACCAAUCUCUUAUAAAAACUAACACAAAUAAUGUU